AUGUGUGAUCAGAAAACGUCCAGGCGAAACUCAGCCUGCAUGAGAAACAGCGACAAACCGGAAGUGUCGCUGUCGUUCUCUGCAGAUCCCAUGUCGUUGAAUCUGUACACACCUGCUGACGGUCUCUAUAGUACCCAUGUCACUUGGGAAGACAUUGAGGAGGACAUGCAACGAGAACUUGACUCAGUUGCCUGGUUGGUCCCAACAAAACGCUAA